AAAUAAGUUAAAAAGUUUUAGUAACAAAAAGUACAUACGGUCCACCUAAACUAUCUACUCACUCAGCUAAUAAAGGAAAAGAGUAAACAGGAAAAGUUCAAUUAGUUUUCUGAGCUGAAAUUCCGGGAGGAAGGGUUUCUACUAUCAAUUCGAACACUGCAAAAUUGGUUGAGCUGAGAGAUUAUUCGCCGCUGGUUUCGGAUUUCGAAGUCCAGGAAGAGACAACAGAAUGGGGGAUGAAAAGGACGCCUUUUACGUUGUGUGGAAGGGGGAUAUUAUUGGAGUCUAUAAGAGCAUCAAUGAUCUUGAAUCCGUUCUUCGAUCUUCGGUGGAUGAUACUUCAGUUCGCGUGUUCAAAGGGUAUGGUUUGUCUAAAGAAGCUGAUGAGUACCUCUCGUCACACGGACUUAAGAAUGCUAUAUAUUCUAUUGAUGCCAGUCAAGUGCAAGAUGACCGUUUUGGCCAACUUAUCACAUGCCCUUUUCGAGAACCAAAUUCUUCCACAAGUAAAUCAUCUAGCAAGAAUCAUCAAGAGAAGAGACCGCAGCAGGACAUAGUUGGUUCAGCUUCUUUUGCAGCAAAUCCUCAAUUAAAACCUUCUAAAUUAGACGAUUUUCUUCAAGGUCUACCAGUUUCUUCUUACUGCAGUUCCUGUAUUAUUGAGUUUGAUGGUGCUUCAAAAGGAAACCCUGGACCAGCUGGCGCAGGGGCUGUCCUGAGAUCAGCCAAUGGGGGCAUGGUAUUUCGGCUGCGUGAAGGUGUAGGAAUUGUGACCAAUAACGUCGCUGAAUACCGAGGUGCCAUUUUAGGCUUAAGAUAUGCUCUAUCAAAAGGGUUCAAAUAUGUACGUAUGCAGGGAGACUCUAAGCUAGUCUGCAUGCAGGUUCAGGGUCUAUGGAGAACCAAAACUCAGAAUAUGGCUGACUUGUGUAAGGUGGCUAAAGAGCUCAAAGAUCAGUUUGCAUCAUUUGAGAUCCGUCAUGUUGAAAGAGAGUGCAACACUGAAGCUGAUGCUCAAGCAAACCUUGCAUUACAUCUAAAGAAUGGCGAAAUUCAAGUGGAAUGCGACGUGAAGUGAAGCUCAGUGGACUGCUUUAAGAACAUGUCGGUUCUUGACAAAUGAAUGACUGCACUUUUUGGGGGGAGCUGACAGCUAACGUUGUAAAAUAUGGUGAAAAUAUCUGUUAAAAUGAAACUUCUUUUGAGAAGUUUUUAUUUUGAAGUUUCUGCUUACUACAAUCGUAUGUUAAUUCAACUAGUUGUCUAUCUAGGCUACAUGUACUAGUAAAAUUCUAUUGGUGGAAACAUAGGGAGGGAAAUUAUUGCUAUGAUGGAUACAUGUUCCACUAUUCUCUGGAAGGAUAAAUUUUACCCGUUUAUUAUAUAAUCAUUUGAUGAUGCAAUUUCUGUAUAAUCACACUCUACUAUAGCUCUUUCUUAAAUUAGAGAUUGGUGACAAAAUGAAAGGAAAUGAAACGUGAUCUGAAAAGAUGGACAGAGGGAAAUAAUUCAAGAAGAAAAUGCUAUAAACCAGUUCUGUUCACUCUUGAGCUAUUUUGUGAUAUUACAUGUAGUUUUUGCUGUGGUUAGUUGUGUUUUCUACAGGUACACGGUUAAAGACAAUGCAAGGCCUGAGCUUCAUGUUGCAGAGUUGGAAUUUGAGCUUCUAGAUUGAAGAUUUGAGCUAGCCUGCAUCCAGGUUAUAUAUAUUCUGCCUUACAUUUUAUGAAUGUUGAGCACUGCUGACAGCAACAUAUGUAUCGGUUACCGUAUUCACUGAAUUCAAUAUGCAUUUAGGCGUUAGCUGAUAGUUUAACUUAUGUUUGUUACACACUAAUAACAUAGUACCAUAUUGAAAUCACUUUGUGCUAGGAUAUGAACCUAACUGUGUUUACGCAAUGAGACACGCUGUCAUUGCUACAAGACCAGCAAAAUUAGUCUCCAAUGGUGAGAGACACCCUGCUUUUCAGGCAAUUUCUGUAAUUAUUGAGAGAGAACUUCUAACAUCAGCUGGUAAAGUGCUGAUGAAUAUGGUAGAGCUACGAGAGUGAGUAACAUUUUUUAAAUAUGACAGUUCCUUUCCAGUAUUUAUUUUUGAAGUGCAAAGCACAUGUAUCAAGUUGUUUUGACCAGAUUUCAGUCCUUCCCAGUUUUUCUGUGUCCAUUUUCCAUUUCCAUUAGAUAUAACGUAACAACGAUAAAAACAUUAAAUUCAAAUUUAAACAAUCUAAUUUUGUUUACUAACAAUAAGUCGGUUUAAGCAAGAAACGCUCCGCCUAACAUAAAUGCGGAAUACUCCCUCUGUCCCAUAAUAGGAAUCACAUUUGGUAUGGACACGAGUUUUAAGUAAUAUAAAGAAUAAUGUGUUGGAAAAGUUAGUGGAAUAUAAGGUUCAUAUUUUGAUAUUUUUGUUUUAUAAUAGAAUGUGAGGGAGGUGAGUUAGUGGAAUUUGAGACCUACUUACUAUUUAUGAUAAAAGUGAAAUGUGACUUGUUGUGGGACGGAGUGAGUAUUAUUUUGUGCUCAUCUAAGACCAAACGAAAAGACCGAGAUACUCAGUUUGCAAUAAACAUUUUUUCUGUCAUUAUUUCGUCCCACUUCAGUAUUCCAAGUUUCCAACUCCUCGGACAUGCUCAGCUUAUUUCAUUAUUUAUGCUCCCUCCAUUCCUAGUUGAGUCAUUUCAUUUUCUGCACUCGUUUUAGAAAAAAAAAAUAAUAAUAAUAAUAAUAAAUAGUUAAAGUGGAUAAAAAGUAAAUUAAGAGAGACAAUCUUAUCUACUUUAUUAUGUCACUUACUUAACUCUCUCUCCAUUUUAACUAUUUAUUAUCAUUUUUUUAAAACUAUGACAGAAAAUGAAAUGACUCAACUACCGCGGAACGGAGAGAUUAUUAUGCUCCACAAAAUGCUGAAAUUAUAAAUUGAUAUUGAAAAUGAGGAUAAUGUUUCUUUUUCAGUAAAUAAUCCAGCAAACUUUCCGAAAAAAAGCAUGAUUUCUUGCAUUGGUUUAUGCUUCUGAGGUAAUGAUCCUAAUCGCAUUCCAAGAUGAAUACUAUACUAAUUUCAGUCAUGGACAAUUUCCAUUGAGCCCAGUGAUUAAAUAACUUGGUUUACACAUUUUGUACAUCAAAAUUUUAAAACACCUAGCAAUCUGUAAUCUUUAUAAUAUAUAAUUAAUUACUCCAUCUUUUCAUGCAUAUUCUUGCUAUAGAUACGCCUUUUAUUCUCCCUAUAUAAACAUGCCUGCUUACCAGAAUUUAAACAUCGAAUACUUGCUUAAUUCCCUCUCUCUUGUUGAUUAUUUAGCCUUUUUGGUGUGUUUCCAAAAAUGGCUUCUAAAGGGUUCAUUUUCAUGCUAGCCUUUGUGCUUUUGGUUACAAGAAUGGUUAGUAUAAAAGUUCACUAAUUAGAUUAUUUGUUUAAUACUAGUAUUUUGUAAUUAUACAUAUGUGAUAUUGAUGGUUCUUUGUCAUCGCAGGUCUCGUCCGCAGGAGACGUCGAAAAUAUUGAAAUCGAGAACAACGACCAUCGCCACCAUGAGCAUGCCAAAGCACCGGCUCCUGCCCCCGUCUACACUCCACUACAUGCACCAGCUAAGGCCCCCAUCCACCACCAACACCAUGAGCAUGUCAUAGCACCGGCUCACGCACCUGCCCACCACCACAAGCAUGCCAUAACUCCUGCUCAUGCCCCCCUCCCCCACCACGAGCAUGCCCCUGCCCACGCACCAGCUAAAUCCCCUGCUCACUCACACAAUGCACCUGCCUCUGCACCAAUUCCUCCACCACAUGGUUGUGUGGCACAAUGUGCAUCAUACUGCAAGCCGAUUAGCCCGAAAAGGCCCUGCAUGAGGAAAUGUACCAUGUGCUGUGCCAAGUGCAAAUGUGUGCCUGGUUCUACAAAGUGCCACAACUGGAACAGUGUCGAAAUCCACGGCCAUCUCGUCAAGUGCCCUUGAACCACCCGACCCUCUUUUAUUGAUCUUUUCCUACUUCGUUGUCAUCUUCCUCGUCUUAUCUCUUACGUGUCCGUGUCAGUUCAACAGUGUACCAAGAACAAAAAUUAACCUUGUUUUCUUUUGUUAUGAGCUAAGUUUUCUAUA